CAAAAUGGUUAUUGGAUUCGUUAUUCGUUCUGGUUUGGUUGUCGGUGCCGUCUACUAUUCCAAGAAAUUGGGAGUCUGGGGUAGUCCCGAAGAAUCGGAGAAAUUCUAUAACUGUGUGAAAAGUCAAUUGCGCCCCCACGUUCAGAGUUUGGAGAAACAAUUGCCAUUUGAGGUGCCAUCACUGCCACAGACAGGAGAAGUUCGCUUCCUCGCUAAACAUUAUUACAAUCAGGGUGUGAAGAACACAUUCCAUUUCAUCGAAAUGCUUCCUUGCUAUGCUGGACAAUUGGCAAAGAAAACCAAAGACACAUUUAAUGAAUUCGCCCAACCACCACCAAAAGCAUCGAACUGAGCAGGUGAACAGAAGAAGCAGGUUUGGCCGGC